CAAAAUUUAUAGGCCCCUAAUUGUCUUAGAACUAUCCUAGUCUAAACCUAGAUCUAGUCUAGGCCUAGAGGUUGAAUUCGCAGAGAACUAAAUUAGAAGUAGAUCUAGAAGAAUUCUAGAUCUAGAUCGAUAUCGAUUAUUACUUCAGGAAUUUAGUCUAGAACUUAACACGUUAAAAAUGUUAAAAUCUCUGCUGCAAAUAUUCCCAUUAAAGUGUGCCGUCAAGGAACAAAUCAACCUUCUCUGUGUGCAACAUAGAUCUAUUUCUACCAAGUCAAUUGAUUGUACAAGUUUGAAGUAUAAUAGAUUUGCUGAAUCCAUUCGACAGCAAGUUACUCAUAAAAAUGUCCAAGCUGCUCAAGAUUCAACGCCUGUAGACAUUGAAAAAAAUUAUGGAAGUUCAUCAUUUCCAACUCUGGCAACUCACUCCCAGUUAUUUGAUGGUAUCAAAUACUUGGACCUGCCAAUCAUCAAUGUAAAGACAACAAGUAAUAAUACAGUAAUUUCACUUACAAAUGGAGAUGGUAUUGUUCUUGCUAUUCAAUCAGCUGGUACAGUGGGAUUUAGGAAUGCUAAAAAAGGAACCAAUGUUGCAGCUCAAGCAGCAGCCAUAGCUUUGGCAGGGGAUGCUAUUAAAAAAGAAGUAACUUCUGUAAGAGUUUGUAUAAGAGGUAUUGGAGCAGGAAGACUGCCUGCUUUAAAAGCACUUCAUCUUUCUGGAUUGAACAUAGUCUCAAUCACAGAUACAACCAGGCUACCUCACAAUGGAAAUAGACCCAAAAAGGCGAGAAGAUUAUAAGUAUUUACUUUCUGAAAAGUUUUGUUAUAGUAUUAUGUAUAAUAUAGUUUAACAUUAAUAAUCCAGUCACUUUAACCCUAGACUUUAAAUCAGUAAUUAUCUUACUGUAGUACCUAUUCUGUAUAGAAUUUGUAUAAGUCUUUGAAAUAUAGGAAACCCAAGACAUAGGGCCUACUAGAAUGCAAAAACUUCAAUAACAAAAAAGCAUUUUAAAAAUUCAGUUAAAUGAACUGAGAAAAAAUUAUCACAAGCAUUUUAAUCAUUGAUACAGAUGUGGAAGUAGCAUUGAAGUUUUAAUUUGAAAUUAAGUUGAAACUUGUGUUAAAUGUAUUACAUUUAAAACAAAUAUCAUGAUUAGGAUUUUAUCAAUGUAUUUAACUUGUAAAUGAGUAGCAGACUUUUUACCUUAUGUGCUGUACUUUAACAAAAGUUUAUUAUGCAUAUAAUUUUUUUUAUUUUUAAAUUCUCAUCAUUUAAUUUUUUUUUCUUUAAUAAGUUCAACAUUUGUAGAUGUAGUGACUGGAAAGAAAUUUUAAAGAUACACUUUAUCAAUGGUCAUUUUAAAAAUAAAAUCUUUGAAAAA